AUGAAUCACUCAUUGUGGAAAAGAAUGUUAGUGACUAUUGUUUUGGUUUGUUUUGCUAAUAGAGUUCUUGAUGUAGCAACUGCUGAUGCAACAUAUCCGGCAUUGUUUGCAUUUGGAGACUCAAUUCUUGAUACAGGAAAUAACAACCACCUUUUUUCACUUGUUAAGUGCAAUUUUGCUCCCUAUGGAAGAGACCUGCCAAAUCAAGAACCUACAGGAAGAUUCUGCAAUGGGAAAAUUCCCACAGAUAUUAUAGCGUCACAUCUAGGAAUCAAACAAUUGGUGCCAGCAUAUUUAUCUGGCGAUUUAGGGGUUGAUGAACUUAGCACCGGUGUAAGCUUUGCUUCAGGUGGCUCAGGGAAUGAUGAUCUUACAGCUCAAAUGCAGUUUGUUUUAACGUUAUCGGCGCAAAUGAAAAAUUUUGAAGAGUACAUACAAAGUCUGAAUACCGCGGUUGGAGAACAAAAAGCAGCUUCCAUCAUAUCCAAUGGCUUGUAUUUGUUUUCAUCAGGGAACAAUGACAUUGCCCUUACCCACACUUUGAACAUAGCAAGGAGCUUAAUAUUAUUCCCUAUCUAUGCCGAUAUGAUAGUUGGAUGGGCUUCAAAUUUCCUCGAUGAUCUAUACAGUCACGGAGCACGACAUGUGUGGGUUCUAAGCACAUUGCCGUUGGGAUGCUUGCCCGGACCUAGAGCUCUAGCGGGUAUAUUGUUUUGUCAACAAUAUCUCAAUGAUCAAGCACAAACAUUCAAUACCAAGUUAGAAGCAGAGGUUUCUUCUUUGAAAACCAAGCAUCCUGAUUUCGACAUUAGGUUCAUUGAUGUCUAUAAUCCUAUGCUUAAUCUUAUACAAAAUCCUUCUAGUGCAGGGUUUGUAAACGUGGCAACCGGGUGCUGUGGGUCAAUUUUUUCUGGAGGGCUAUGCAAUCUCAUUAGUGGCUCUUGCCAAGAUCCUACUAACCACUUUUUUUGGGAUUCUGCCCAUCCGACCCAAGCAGGUUAUGAGCACAGUCUCGCUCCUAUACUACAAGCAAUGAAUAUUUCCUCGAUCGUCUCAUAA